AUGAACAGAACGAUUAUGGAAAAAGUCAGAAGCAUGUUAGUAGAAUCAGGUUUGAAACCAGAAUUUUGGGCAGAGGCAGCUUCAACAGCAGUUCACAUCAUCAACAGGUCACCAUCAGCGUCAAUCGAUUUUGAGGGUACUAAAGGCUACAGGGUUUGGUUAUUGGAUGAACAAAAGGUUGUGUUGAGCAGAAAUGUCAUAUUUGAAGAGGAUAUGAUGUUCAAAGAGUUGAACGGAACCAGUUCAGCGGAAAAGCAAUCAGUCAAGAAGACUAAGAAGAAAGUUACGUUUGACAUGGACCUAAAUCAGUUUAUGGGGGAAAGCUCUACAUCAGAAGACACAUCAAAUGAAUGUGGAGCUGUCGCAGAGACAGAGAACUCAGAUCAGAACGAAUCUAGCUCAGAGGAAUCAGAAAGUGAAACUGAAUCAGAAACAUAA